AUGCUUAAGAAAUUGUACAGCAAUAUUUCUAAAGCCGAAUUAACUGCUCUACACAAACUUGCAAGUGAUAGUUCUAUUGUGAUUAAGAAAGCCGAUAAAUCUGGUAGUAUUGUAAUAAUGAAUAAAAACGAUUAUAAAGCAGAAGUGAAACGGCAGUUAGAUAAUUCUGUUUACUUUGAGAAACUUACUGAAGACCCUGGAGAACAAGUUUAUCAAAAUAUCUUUAAAUGUGUUAAUAACAGGGAUAUUGAGGACGAAUUUGAUACUUUUCCCGAUAAUAUUUUGACUGCUCAAUUUUACAUUUUACCCAAGAUCCAUAAGGAAUAUGAUUCUAAAUUUCCACUUAGAUAUCCAGGUAGACCAAUUGUCGCUGGAUGUAAUUCAGCAACGGAAAAUACAUCCAAGUACAUUGACUAUACGCUGAAACCUAAUAUGCAGUCUUUACUUUCUUAUAUUAAGGAUACUAGUGACUUUAUUCAAAAAAUUAAGUCUGUGAGGUUUAGAAGCAAACACUCGUAUUUAGUUACUCUUGAAGUGAAUUCAUUGUAUACUAAUAUACCGCAUUCUGGCGGUUUAAGGGCGUGCAAGUUUUUCAUGGACGGAACUAAUCACAGUACUAAACUCUCUAGUAAAAAUAUUGCUGAGUUGAUACAACUUGGUCUUGAGAAUAACUGUUUUCAAUUUGAUGGUGAGAGUUAUCGUCAGUGUAUGGGAACAGCUAUGGGUAGUUCCAUGGCUCCCGCAUACGCAUCUAUAUUUAUGGGAAACUCUGACACCAUAUACAAUAACCUAAUUGAGGAUUAUAUUGGUCUUGCAAUUGACACAAACAUCUCGGAUAUAAUAAUCACUGGAGAUUUCAACUACAAUACCACUAUUUUAAAUGAAAUUCAUCUUUCUCCGGCAGAAACUGAAGAUGUCUUGAAGUCUCUAACAGCUCACAAGGCCGCAGGUCCUGAUGGUAUAAGUAACUGA